AUGCGUGUGGCGUUGAAAUUUGAUAGCUGUUUCGGUGUUGAUGCGGACAAACGAAGUGGGGGGCUGGCGUUGCUAUGGAAUGCCGGUGUGGAUAUGGAGGUGCGGGGAUACUCGAAUCAUUAUAUAGAUAGCGAAGUGAAGGGCGAUGGGGGCGUCUCUUCGUGGCGGUUCACGGGGUUCUACGGCGCUGCUGAUCGGAGUAAACGGCGAGAAUGUUGGAAUCUUCUAAGGUAUCUAUCUUCUAUAAAUACUCUUCCUUGGGUCUUGAUGGGGGAUUGCAAUGAUCUCUUAUGGAGUGGUGAGAAGGAGGGUAGAGUACCACACCCUAGAUGGCUGAUGCGGGGUUUUGGGGAGGCAAUUCGGGAGAGUGGGCUUUCGAAUUUUGGGUUUGAAGGUUGUCAAUUCACCUGGGAGAAGGGGCGGGGGACGAGUGAAUGGGUGAGGGAGAAACUGGAUCGCAUUCUGGUCUCGGGGACGUGGCGUGAUAAUUUCCCGAAGGCUAAAGCUUGGUCUUUGGAGGGCACAACGAGCGACCAUUUACCAAUUUUCCUGGCAAUGGAAGCAGUUCAUAUGGAAACUUUUAAGCGUCGGCCUCGGUUUGAAAAUAGCUGGGGAAGAGAUCCGGGGUGUAGGGAAGUGGUGAAGCGAGAGUGGUCUCGGUUGGGGGAGUGUGAUAUUGGGGUGCGCCUGAGUGAGUGUGGAAGAGGCGUGUGGACUUGGGGAAGAAAUCAGAAUAGGGGGGAGGUGGAGAGUAUACGAUUCUGCCAAGGGGAAAUGGGGAGGUUAAGGGGGAAAGGGGACAAUGAGAGUGUUCGCAAAUUUGGGGAGUGUCAAAGGAAGUAUAUGGCAGCGCUACGAAAUCAGAGUGAUAGGUGGAGACAGAGAGCGAAAGAGAUGUGGUAUAAGGGAGGGGAUAGUAAUUCCAGAUUCUUUCACCAUUCGGUUAACAGAAGGCGUAGGAGAAACCGGAUUCGGGGGCUGCGGGAUGUGAAUGGGGAUUUUACGGAGGAUGAGCAGAGGAUGGGUGAUAUAAUGGUGGAUUAUUUUGCCAACCUUUUCUCGUCGGCCGAAGGGGAGGCAGGGCCGGUUUUGGAGUGUGUGGAUAGUAGAAUAAAUGGGGAUCAAAAUGCCAUGUUAAUACGGGAAGUUACUGUCGAGGAGGUCAAGGACGCGCUGUUUGCGAUGCACCCGGAUAAAUCCCCAGGCCCGGAUGGACUGUCACCGGCUUUCUUCCAGACCUACUGGGACAUUGUUGGUCCUGAGGUAGUCUCUUUUUGCCGUCUUUUUAUGUUUACUGGGAUGCUCCCAGACCAUAUAAAUGACACGCACAUUGUUUUAAUCCCGAAAUGCAAAUCCCCUGAGUCAAUGUCUGAUUUCUGUCCUAUCUCGUUAUGUAAUGUGGUGUACCGCAUAGUUGCGAAAGUGUUGGCUAAUAGGCUGCGUGUGUUGUUGAACUCCAUUAUAGAUCCUGCCCAGAGUGCCUUUGUUCCAGGGAGGUCUAUAGUGGAUAAUGUUUUAAUUGCCUUUGAGUCUGCACAUUGCUUGAAACGUCAACCAGGGAACCGGGGUGGUUAUGGGGCGUUAAAUGUGGAUAUGAGCAAAGCCUAUGAUAGGGUGGAGUGGGGUUUUCUGUGUAAAGCUAUGUCAAAAAUGGGGUUCACUGAUCAUUGGGUUAGGUUGAUGAGGGAGUGUAUCUCUACUGUGCGUUACUCGGUGUUGGUGGAGGGGAAGGAGUGGGGUCCGGUGGUACCUGGGAGGGGUUUACGGCAAGGGGAUCCGUUAUCACCUUGUCUGUUUAUCCUUGUGGCGGAGUGUCUGAGUGCUAUGUUGAGGGUACGUGAGGGGGAAGGGGUUUUGCACGAGUUGAGGGUGGCAAGGGGAGCUCUAACUAUUUCACACCUUUUUUUCGCUGAUGACUGCCUUUUCUUCUUUCGGGCAAAUAAUUUUGAGGCUGAGAUUAUUCGUGAUGUGUUGAGGGAGUAUGGGCGGGCAAGUGGGCAAGAAGUAAAUCUGGGGAAGACGUCAAUGGUGUUUGGCAGGAAUGUGCAUUGGGAGGAUAAGGAGGCUGUUUGUGAUACCUUAGGGGUGCAUGAACAGCAGGGUCAUGGGAAGUAUUUGGGGCUGCCGGGUUAUAUUGGGAAGAGAAAGAGGGAUAUUUUGGGGUUUAUACGGGAUAAAGUGAGAGCGAGGGUUAUGCAGUGGGGGAACAGGUUUCUAUCUAGGGGCGGAAGGGAGGUUCUCUUGAAAACAGUCCUUCAGAGUAUUCCAAACUAUGCAAUGAAUGUUUUCCUUCUCCCUAUGGGUUUGAGUGAAGAAAUUGAGAGACUUAUGAAUUCUUUUUGGUGGGGAUGUGAGAGACGGGAACGAGGGGGAAUAAGGUGGAGUCGAUGGGGUGAUUUGUGUGUACCAAAAAAGUUUGGAGGGAUGGGCUUUCGGAGAGUGCGAGAGAUGAAUCUUGCUAUGCUAGGUAAGCAGGGGUGGAACUUUAUGACUAAACCCGAUGCCUUGAUGCAAAGAAAGGGUCUAAUUCGUCUUUCGUGUGGUCUAGCAUUCGGGAAACACAGAAUAUGCUGCAGCGAGGGGUUCGAUGGAGGAUUGGGGAUGGUGAGCGAACUAGAGUGUGAGGGGGAUCCUUGGCUACCCGAUACAAAUAACCCUUAUAUUACCACUCCGGCUCAAGAGUAUUUAGGCAACCCAAAUGUUAGCUCUCUCUUUUGUGUUAAUUCAAAAUCUUGGGACGUGGGGGUUUUAAGAGAUAUUUUUUGUGAGAGGGAUGUGAACCAAAUCUUGAGUGUUCCUAUUCCUUAUGGGAUGAGGCGGGAUGUACUGUUUUGGAGUGGGGAUGAUAAGGGGGUGUACUCGGUAGGGAGUGGGUACAGGUUGGCUGUGGGGGGUGAGGUAAAUGGGGAGGGGGUGGUUUGGAGAGGGAUGUGGAAUUUGAGAGUGCCACCAAAAGUUAAGUGCUUCUUUUGGAAUCUUUGCACUAAGCGCCUACCUACAAAGGAUGCUCUUUUAAUUAAACAUGUACCUUGUGAUCCUGUGUGUGUAAUGUGUGGAAAGGCAAAUGAGAGUGUUGUUCAUCUUUUUAUCAACUGCGAAUAUGCUCAUAAAUGUUGGCUCAUGCUCAAUGCCAAUUGGAUUCUAUCUUAUGUUGAUUCUAUUAAUGUUUGGCUUGAGGAGAUGUGGACCAUUCCUUCAGCUGAGAUGCGGGAGAAAUUAAUGAUGGUGGCGUGGGCGAUUUGGGGAGCCCGGAAUGCAAAUGUUUGGAGGCAGAAACACUCGGACCCAGGUGAUGUUGUUCGACAAGCACUACUAUAUGCUGAAAAUUGGAGGCAGGCUCGUGAGAAUGGGGAGGUACAUGCAUGCUAUCCAGCGCUUGAUCAUCACGAGACACAAAAUGCGGAUUUGGGUUAUGGGGAGAUAAGGGUCAAUAUAGAUGUCACAAUGGAUCAAAGGGGUCGCCGCAUGGGCUUUGGAUGGACCGUUUUUGAUUGGGAUGGUGCAGUGCUGGAGAUGGUUUUGUUCGCCAAAGAGGGUCUGUAUAGGGUGCAUGAAGUUGAGGCCAUGGGAGCUAGGGAGGCACUUAGCUGGAUCAAAGGGAAAGGGUGGCCGAGAGUCAUCCUAGAAACGGAUGCCCAGGUUAUCACACGAGCAGUCACGGGAGGGGUCGAUUUAUCACCUUUUGGGGCCAUUAUUGAAGAAAUUCGUGACUUGCUAGAUCAAAUGCCGAUGCUUAAAUUUCGGUAUGUGAGCCGGAAGGCUAACACAGUAGCAGAUUUUAUUGCAAAGAAAGCGCUUGGCCAUACGGGGGAGGAAAGAGUUGAAUAUUUUGAUUAUAUCCCGCGGUUUUUAGCUGGUCCGUUAUGUAAAAGCAAUACUUAUUAUUAA